CGUGGCGGGGCGGGCGUGAGGGCGUGGGGGUGGCGCGGGGCAGCACACACACAAAAAAACUUGUCUAUGAAACUCAAUCACUUUAAACCAAACUUAUAAAUGCAUGGAAAGUAUACGAGGCACAGAAUUAGCACCGAUUUGUCCUAUGUGAAAGCAGGAUAUCGCAGCGACAAGUGGAAGUGGGUUUUAAGCUUAUCACAUAGUGCGAGUCCAUCUGAACCUACCACUGCCUUGGGUGAACCUGAUUCAACUCAGGUUGCAGUUGCAGAGGCUGGAGAAAAUGGGCUUCAGAAAGAUUCUCUCCAGUGUGAGAUCAACACAAGCAAGAGCCAGCAAAAGAAUGGCACCACACAAGCUCCUUCUAAAGCACCUUAUGUCUUCUCUGAGGAUCAGCUGACAAAAGAGCAAAUUUUGAAGACAUAUGGAAUGGAUAGAUGGCCCAAACACUUGCCAUGCAUGAAAAGAUGUUCUAACAAUUCUUGGUGUCUUGCUGAUCUGAAAGCUGGGACUGGAAAAGAGAAAAGUCGUCCCACUGAUCAGCCCAGAGAUCCUGCAACACCUGUUGGCCUCCAAAACACUGCAAACACUUGUUGGAUCAACUCAGCUCUGCAAGCUCUCUUCCACUUGCCAAAGUUCAGAAAUGUCAUUAAUUCAGUGGGAGGAUUUUCUGGAGAGGAGAGCCUAUCCUGCAUGCUCUACCUUCUGCAAACGAUGUUCGUGGAGAUGGAGACUCAUGCUAACAGGGCCAUAGCAUGCAGUCCUGGAAGUGUGUUUGAAAAGAUGGGUUUAUAUGCUACUCAAGAGAUUAUGCGUAAGGAUACUGACCAUGAAGUUUUGAAGUGUGUGUCUGAGUUCUUGGAAAACACCAUUGACACAUUAGUGGCUGACUCUAGGAUUGGACCAGAGCUGUGUUCCCUCUUUCGUACUUCAUUAACAAGAAUAGCAAGGUGGAAGUGUCCAGUUUGUGAAAGAGAACAUGAAAGCCAAUUAGCACCAGCCACAUCCUACACCAUGGCAGCGUAUGUCAGCGGUGAUGAGUGUCCACUUGAUCAGUGUCUAGUAGACUUGCAGACUGAAACUCAGACUGGAGUGUCCCUGAUCUGUGGGUCUCAUGACAGUGGACUAGGAGGUUGUGGAGCCAGGGUGAAGGCGGACCGCAUUGUCACACCCAAGAUACAGACUUUACCAACCAUUCUAGUCAUCAGAAACAAUAGUCUUGUUGACCAUGAGAUGAAACGACGCCUUCAUGUGGUCUACCCUGAGAACCUUGACCUCACUUCCCAUACCCAGAAUCAUGUAGCAGCUACUUAUACUCUUUCUGCCGUUAUUUUCCACCAUGGACAUUGGGUAAAGCACUUCUCAGCUCAUGUGAAGACAGGUAAUAAGUGGUACAACUUUAAUGAUGAGCAAGUUUCUGAAUUAUCAAACAGAAUGUCAACGGGAAAUCCCCCAGAGAGUCAUCGCAACUACUUCAGCCUUGCAAAUGUAUCACAAAAGUACAAGCAUCGACCUGGACUUAGGGUCUCACGGGGAGCCUUUGUCUGGAUAUACGUGAAUGCUCAGGCCCAAGCAAAAGAGGCAGUGCCUGUGCCUCCACCUGAGGCUGUUGUUGAAUAUGUCCUGCUGAAACAGCAUGAUGGCACAAAUGUUAACCACCAACAUCAAGCAGAGAUGAGAAAGGAGAAGGAAGCAUUGCUGUCUCAGUGUACAGUUGUGGACCCAUCAGAAAGCUACUCAUUGAUCUCUGAGCCUCUCUUAAGCGCCUGGUACAAUGAUGACAGCCUCAAGUAUACGCCUCAGCCCUCAGUCCUUGCUCAAGCUCUCUGUGAACAUAAGCUCUUCAGUCCACUUAAAUAUAAUUUGUUGAGGUGUAUUAGAACAGAUGCUGUGAAUGAUCUGCUGAGCCAUCCAUUUGGAAUUCAUGAAGAUGAAGCUCUGCUUAAACUGGGGCUGCCAGUCAUCUUACCUCCUGAGGAAGGUUACUGCAAAACGUGUGUGACAAAAUACGUCAACCACAUACUCUUCAUAGAGAGAGUCAAAGCUCUUCACAGGCAGGCCAAGAAAGAGUCUCGCAGUGACUGUGAUUGGCCAGUAAAGGUUAUUGGAAUUGAAACCUUGGAAUAUUGGCCAAGAUUAGCUCUAAGUGCCUAUGUAAAGGAACAUGGAAUAGAUUUUGAAGACAGUGGAGAAACAGAAAAUGGAGUUGACACUUGUAAGAGGAAUGAAUGUAGUGUUAAAACUGAGCUGGAAAUUGCCAGUAGUAAUAGUAGUAAAGUGAAUAGCACUCCAGACAGUAGUGAUGUGAGUGAAAAAUGUGAUACCCAAGUAGAGAAGGGUGUGAAUACCUGUGAUACUGCAAGUACAGUGCCUGAUGAUGAGUGCAAAAGUGCCUGUGAAAAUCAAACAGAAGAAGUAGAAAAUUCAGAGAAAAGAACACCAAGCAGUAAAGAGAAGGAAAGUGGCAAGGAGGGAAGUAGGGAGCUGAUGUUGUUCAACGAAGAUAUUGUGUGUGAGCACAAUUUACGGUCCCCGACGGCCGUGUUUAGUAAAAUCACAGAGGAACUGGCUGAAGAAAUCAUGGGUCUCUGUAGUGAUGCCAUACACCCUGCCAUAUAUCAGAAGGACUUCGACAUCUGUCAGCAGUGUGGAGCCAUGUUGGAGGAAUCAGUGCAAAAUUGUGAAAGUGGGCGACUGCAGAAGAAGCAGUUAAGUAGUCUUUAUCUUGACAAGAAGCGGCCACACCCUGUUCGUGACCCAGGAGUAAAGAUAUAUCUCAUAUCAAGAGAUUUUUAUCAUCUCUGGAAAAGUUAUGUCAGAGCCUGUGAGCGCGGGGACAUGAUAGUAACGCCACCUGAACGUAUUGAGAAUGCCUCCCUCCUGUGCUCCCAUGGUCACCUCCUGUUUCCAGUCAUGGUUUUACAGCUCCAUGAAAUAGCUGAACACGCGGUGCUGUUGUGGGAGGAGGAGUGGACCAUACUGAAGGACCUCUACCAACCGGACCACGUCGUCACCGCCUACUUCAGCGAGGGGGGCUGCCUGAUGACCGAGCCUGUGGUGUGCGAGAGUGGCUGCGUGGAGAUGCGGCUUGCCAAGGACUACGAGGAACAGUUUUCCUACGAGCACGAGAUCAUUCAUGUGCGUCAAGUGAACUCCGUCAACGACAUACCCCGGCGGGUCGGUGGACGGACGCGGGGCCCAAUACAGGCCACGCCUUCCACGAACAACGAGAGCUUGGGGCCCCGCAAGAAGCCUCGCCUGGCCAGCCGGGGAGCGCCCUCCGCAGCGGCAAGCACAAGUCCGCGGCUGGUUCGCGCCUCCCGCACCUUCUCAUCCACCGACACCAUCCGGGAAGUGCAGAACUUUAUCGCAGAGAGGACCGGGAUCUGGCCCAUGCUGCAGACACUGUGGGUGUGUGGGGAGGAGCAGCAGCAGAAGGGCAGCGAUGGGGAGGGCGGGGAGCCCCUGCAGCUCACGGAUGAUGACCGCGCCAUGACCCUCAACGCCCUCAGGGUCCGGCCCGGGGACACGAUCUACUUCAGAGCCGCGGUCGAGGACAUGGAGAGAGCUGCUGGAGACGGUGUUGUGGAGUUCAACGAAAUGGAGGAAGACUGAUGUGCUGGCGGGCUGUGGCAGCGACGACUUGCUGGGGAUAGGUGGUGUGGAGGGUCUGCUGGGGUUCUCGCUGGGGGUAGGAGGAGAGGUGGGUGGCGUGGUGGGCAGGUGAUUGUUGGUCGGUCGUCCUUGCUUCCUGACGGCCUUCGCGUGGGACUCCGGUGGUCGUGGUCCUGCAGCGUCGCCUCCCGGCCUCGUCAGCCUCAGCAGAAAGCAGUCACUCAUUCCUGUGAUUUGCCCCUCCUAGAUACUUUCGUACUUAUUUUUUUCAGCCUUGUUUUUAUCGGUCAAGUUAUUUAUAUUUAGCUUAUACGUAUUUUCUACCUUUAUUUUAUAAUCUUGUAUACUUAAUGAAGACUUGUAUUUUUAUUUAGUUAACUUAGAUCUCAAGUUAUUAUUUGGCACACUGUGCCGUGUUGAGUUCACUGUUGAUUAUGAAUCACUUGAUGCAAGCGUUGUUUUUCUGUUGCUCUCUUGAAUACAGUCAGUGGUUAGUAUCAUAUUAUUGCAUCUCUCAUUGUGUAUCCGUCGGCUGACGUGUGAUAUCUUUGCCUUUACUUGGCGCGGCCAUCACCUUCUUUCAAGCCUCCUUCCUAUGGUCCGGAGUCUAAUUGGCUAGUUGAUUGAUUCUUGUGGCAAAAUUGCAAUCAUAUUUUAUGAUUUGAAUAUUUUUAACUAAGCACAAGUAAAAUUUCAUCAGUUUGCUAUACUGUUGCAUUUUUAGAUUUAACAUAUACAUACAGAGGAAACUUUUAUGUUUAGCAAAUAGAAACGGAAUGCACGGCGGUACAGCGGCCCUCGCGGCGAGUCGGUCAUUGUCAACAGAGGUCUGUCCACGUCGCCACUCGUUCCAGAUCCAGUUGUGUGCCCAAGGUGCCUGAGGAGCCGCGUGUACCUCUCGUCUGACCAUUCUCUCUCUCUCUCUCUCUCUCUCUCUCUCUCUCUCUCUCUCUCUCUCUCUCUCUCUCUCUCUCUCUCUCUCUCUCUCUCUCUCUCUCUCUCUCUCUCUCUUUUUUUUUUUUUGAGAGAGGUUUUCCCACGUGUUAGACAGUGUCCAUAGUCAUGCCCGCUCAUGUACAAGGGCUUCAGGGCUUCAACACCUGGUUUAUGUUAGUACUUACGAUUAUUUUUAAUAGUGUUUAAUAACCCAUUUACAUACAUGUAUAUUAAUUAAGAAGCAUGCACGCAUCUCCCCUGGGCCCACGACAACCUGUGAGGGAGAGGCCACUUUGUUUUGUUCAUCCUGGGUGGAGGACUGCAGGACUUUACUUUGCUGUGCCGUGAUCAAAUGUUGAAAUGCCAAAUGAUAUGUUGGAUUCGUCAAGAAUUUUCUGUUUGAAUUGGAUUUCCCGUGGCCCCAAGACAACAGCAAGGUCGGCGUCGUCCUCCGCUCAAGUCUGGGAAGGCAUAGACGCCGUAGAGGGACGAAAGGACGGAUGUUUGUGUGUGUAGCCAUCACGACGAAGGGCAAGACCAGUCAUCGGCUCUAUAGUGGAAUACCUUCACCCUGGAACACAACACAAUCAUUACUCUGCACUACCCUUCGCUCAUAACACUUGGAGAUCAAUAGUGACAAUGAUACACAACGUGUCAGUCAAGUGUAGAGCGUCUUGCCCUCCGUCACUUCCCCCUGUCUCCUAAAAGCUCAGUUUGGUCCCUCGUGGCUCGGGUCUGUGUUGUCCUUCCCUCCACUCUCUUUUGUCUAGCCGCCGUGUUUAGUUGAGUUCAAUGGAUGGUGUUAUUCUACUCUUGGGUCUGUCAGGUUAAACGUUUAAUAAAUCCUGAAAGUUUUCUCUACACUUUCUUUUAUUUGUAGGUAAAGCUCAGAGGUUGAGUUUUAGUUCUCCAGUGAAAGUUUGAUUCACUUUUCCUCAGAAGUCAAAAAAUGUAUGUUACUCGAUUUAUCUUUCUUUCACUUGAGAAUGAUGCACCAAAGCUUUCAGUUGAUUUUUUUGUGGCUUUCACUGUCACAUAACAUUGUAUAUUCUAUUAGUACUCUUCAAAAAACUCACAUGAAUUUUCUUUUAGUUCAAAUGUAUCGGAAACAUCAACAUAUACCUGCCUGUUCGCAAAUAAACCUACUAUCACA